AGAAAUGAAACACAAAGAAAAGUGACGCGUCUCGACAAUCUGAGGUUUGUUUAAAGGUCGAUGUGUCGGGACUGAAUCACACACGCACACACACACACACACACACACACACACACACACAGGGCUUUUACUUUGACACGAGCGGACGGAGAGCAGCGUGUUUCCGGUGGAGCCGCCGGUGACGUCACUCUGGAUCGGACCUGCGGACAUGGCGCCUCGGGACCGGGUCGUUCACCUGCUCCAGCAGCUCCAGCGCGCGGCGUGCAGAUGUCCUGCUCACUCCAACACCUUCCAUCAAGGUGUGGGGGCGUCGUCCUGCUCCGUCCGCUCCACCGACUACGCCUUCGAGAUGGCGAGUUCCAACAUCAGAUAUGGAGGAGGAGUCAGCAGAGAGAUCGGCAUGGACCUGCAGAACCUCGGGGCCCGGAAUGUUUGUCUGAUGACGGACAAGAACUUGUCCCGCCUCCCUCCGGUGAAGUCAGUCCUGGAGUCUCUGGUCCAGAACGGAGUCAAGUACAAAGUGUAUGACAGCGUGAGGGUGGAGCCUACGGACAGCAGUUUCAAAGACGCCAUCUCAUUCGCUAAGAAAGACUCGUUCGACGUGUUCGUGGCGGUGGGCGGGGGCUCGGUGAUUGACACCUGUAAAGCAGCCAAUCUGUACGCUUGUCACCCGGACGCCGACUUCCUGGACUUCGUCAAUGCUCCAAUCGGAAAAGGGAAGCCGAUCACCGGACCACUGAAGCCGCUGAUCGCAGUUCCGACGACAGCCGGCACCGGCAGCGAGACGACGGGCGUCGCCAUCUUUGACUACGAGCCUCUAAAGGCCAAAACUGGUAUCGCCAGCAGAGCCAUCAGACCCACGCUGGGAAUCGUGGACCCGACUCACACGCUGAGUAUGCCCCAAAGAGUCGCCGCCAACAGCGGCUUCGACGUCCUCUGUCACGCUCUGGAGUCGUACACCGCCCUACCCUACAACCAGAGGAGCCCCUGCCCCCCCAACCCCAUCCACCGCCCCGCCUACCAGGGCAGCAACCCAAUCAGCGACGUCUGGUCCCGACACGCCCUCAACGUGGUCGCCAAGUUCAUGAAGCGAGCUGUGCGGGACCCCGAGGACCUGGAGGCUCGGUCCAGCAUGCACCUGGCCAGCGUGUUCGCCGGGAUCGGCUUUGGAAACGCCGGAGUUCAUCUGUGUCACGGGAUGUCGUAUCCAAUUGCUGGUAACGUGAAGACUCACUCAGCGAAGGGCUACAGUGUGGAUCACCCCCUGGUGCCUCACGGCCUCUCAGUCGUCCUCACGUCUCCAGCUGUCUUCAACUUCACCGCCCCGAUGUGUCCUGAGCGCCACCUGGACGCCGCAGAGAUCCUUGGUGCAGAUAUCCGGCAGGUGAAGCGGGAGGAUGCAGGUCCGGUUCUGGCCGAAACUCUGCGUCAGUUCCUGUUCGACCUGCAGGUGGAGGACGGACUCGGAGCCGUGGGCUACAGCUCAGACGACAUCCCGGCGCUGGUGAAAGGAACCGUCCCUCAGGAGCGAGUGACCAAACUGUCUCCCAGAGGUCACAGCGAGGACGACCUGGCCGAGCUGUUCGAAGCCUCCAUGAAGCUCUACUGACACUCCUGUCUGUGUGUGUGUGUGUGUGUGUGUGUGUGAGGGGCUCAUCGCAGGUCUGUGCGGUGUUGAGCUGCAGUUCCUCUAGCAGCCACUAGAUGUAGGUGUUUCUCUACCUGUUCAGAUUCUGUGAAAUAAAGUCAAACUGAAGUGAA